AUGUUUUUUUCACCUACCUUGUUACAAUUACACGAACAAAAUAUUCCAGUUUAUAUCCUAUGUUUAUCAAAAGGCGAUUAUAAUCGAUUAGGUAAUUUACGAUUAGAUGAGUUCUACUCAAGUUGUAAACAACUGAAUAUCCCAAAUACAAAUUAUCGUGUUAUUAAUGAUCCAUUAUUAUUGAGAGAUGAUCCAACAUUAGACUGGCAGCCAGAUGCAAUUAUUGGACAUGUUAAAAAUGUUAUUCAAGAAUGGAAUAUUAACGUUUUAUUGACGUUUGAUCACCAAGGAAUUAGUAAACAUAAAAAUCAUGUAUCUAUCUAUCGAUGUUUACCUCAUUUGAUACAACAAACAAAAGGUCGAAUAAAGCAAGUAUUCGUUCUUAACACUGUACCAUUAUAUCGAAAAUAUUUGACAUUGAUUGAUCUCAUCAGUUAUGUAAUGAAGUUCAAACACCGACCAAAAUAUUGUUUUCUAUUAUCUCGACGUCAUUUGUUAAAACCUUAUUUAGCUAUGAGAGAACAUCGGUCACAAUUAGUCUGGUUUCGUUAUUUAUAUAUGCUCUUUUCACGAUAUAUAUGGAUCAAUGAUUAUACCAGAUUUAGUUAA